GUGAAGCCAUUGCUGAGUAUGUUGAAAUUUCAUGAGUUGGCGUUUACUGCUAUCUUCUCUGCCCAAGUUCUUGUAGGAAAAUCCAAUUACCUUUCCCUGCCUCAAAUGGGUGUACUAUGCUAUGCCUUUGACACCUUUAAAAACGUAGUUUAUUUGCUAUUUAGGCUACUGAUGAAGAUUCAUAGUUUGUGCGGAAGUGAUGAAGAUGGUUUUUUUUUUCUGCCUCCCAAAUGUUAUUUCUCUUGAUCGGGAUCGAAAUAUGCUAUAGCAGAUUCCCUCUGUCCUAGCUGGCUUCAUUUGAUUAGAUAGGUGAAUAGUGAAAAAUCAUAUGCACAUCUUAAAGUCUAUGGAUGAAUGUGUUGGGUGGAAAGCUUUUCGUCACUGAAUUCUUCUGGUUUCUUUGACGAGUUUCGUGGCAAAUUGGCUGACUUUUUGUGUCACUACUGGCAGCACUAGUCUGAUAUAUAGCAUUAUUUAUUCUUACAGGCCUACUGAAGUGCUGAAAUCCAACAAAGAGUACACCGAAGAAGACGUGACGGAGAUGAUGAGCAAAGGAUCCUUUCAAGCAGGCAGUCACGAUUGGGAAGGAGGACCAUUCAGCUUUCCUGGGCUUCGAAGUGAUAUAGGAGAGCUUGAAAGCCACUUCCAGGGUCAUUUUGACCGCUUCUUCCAAGCAGCCGAGGAGAUGAAAAACAGCUUACUCGAUGCAUUUGAAGGAUUCCCAGGUGAGAACUCGGCAUUCCCUCCAUUCACAAGGCGAAACAUCCCCAUUGAAGGACGCCCCGAGGAGAAGAGAAGUCAUUACAACCAGGAGGAGGUGAAGAAUGGAGAUGUAGACAUCUCAGGUCUUGCCAAAGAAGUUUAAAACUUCUUACCCCUUUCCAUGAACGGUUACUCAAAACCAUAACAUUUUUCCUUUGCCAAUGUCUCCUACACUAACUUAGACGCUCUCUUCUGGUUUUUUAACAAUGAGAGAACCUUUUAUUACUUACAACUGUGGAGCAAUAAUUUUAAUAAUUAAAACUCAAUCCACUGGUAACGAAUCCACCCUAGUUUGACAAGCCAGCUAAUUUGCAAACCCGUUAAAUCAUCAACGAACAAACUCGACACGAAAAUAAGUUGCGCCUAAAGAAAGUAGGACAUUUGUGCAAUGGUAGCUCGACAUUGCCAAGCGAAGUUGAGGGAUUUUGUUUUAGUGCAUUUGAUAACCCUGCCAAUUAGUACGAAUACGUGUCGGGGUUGAGUGUUGCACCACUGACACAAUGGCAUUAAGGAGACCAAAUGCUUGUGCUUAUAUUGGUUGAGAAAAAGGAAAGUCUAAACGUUGUGGUCGUACAUAGGGAUGGCAAAUUACCCACCCAUGGGUAAUUAUACCCAAAUCCAAGUAAACCCAUUGAUAAUGGGUUGGGUAUGGGUGAAGUGCAUAUGGAUUUGGGGGUUUAUAGAUGGAUUUGGGUUUGGGGCUUCCUUAAUCUAAAUGGGUAUGGGUUGGAUAUGGAUAUCCAUUUACUUGAGGGUGUUUUAACUACACAUGCAAAAAUUGGACCUAUUUGCAAAACUUGAAAAGUUUAGGUACCAAAAUGUAAGACAAAAAAAUUUAGGUACCAAAACGUAAUUUUCCAUCGAUAUUUUGAGGACUUAUAUGAAAAAAAUAAUUUAAAUUUAGUUACUAAAUAUGCAUAUCUAUUAAGUUUGGGUACCAAACUGUAAUUUGUAUUUGGGCAUGGGUACAAACCUCAAUCCAUUUGAUAUAAACCCAACUCAACCCAAAGUAAAUGGGUAUGGGUACAAACCCAUCGAACUCUACCCAUAUCCAUCUAUUUGGAUUUCAGACCCAACCCAAUUGGAUUGGAUAGUAAGAAACCCAUGAGUAUGGGCAAAGUUGCCAUCCCUAGUCGUACAUGAUACACCUGACCAUGAGAGUUACCAAUAGUAAUCUCGACUCUGCAACGAACGAACCAUCACAGUUUAUCACACUGGAGAAAGGUAGUGGUUCAGUGUAUUGAUGGGACUUCCGAGAAUGAUGAGACAAUUGAGCUGGUCGAUUUGAAGACAAAGGAGAGAGGCCAUUCAUAGCUUCCUCCCAUUCCCAUUCCAACUUCCAAGAAGUCUCGACCGACCACAAUUACCGAAAAGGUCGGCGUAGGAGGCUUGGUAUCAAAUAUAAAAAAUAUUACGCGCCAGUCAAAUGUUCAACAUGCAGAAAAUGAUCUUCCCAAUUUGGGCAUUUGAAAACAGAUCCUUUAAGUUGAAGACCCACAAACUGAAAGAAGCAUCUCGAGGAGUACGAGAUACGCUCAGGCUCGAAAUAUGCCAAGUAUUUGCAGCAUGCUGGCAGUAGAAUAGGUAAUGUAUGACCGUCUUCACAGGUGAUUCACAUACAGGGCAUUUCGGGUUUUGAGAACAAAUUCGCGAGAAGAGUCUCUCUCGUAGCAAUUGCUAUCUUUGAACAUUUCCGAGCAAAGAACCGCAACUUCAUGCCCUAAAGAACCUUCUUUGUCUUCUUUGUUUCUGCUAGAUAGUAAAAGUAUAGAAGAAUCUAGUAUUUUUGUAGCCCUCUUGGAGCAAAUCAACUCUUGAACAAAACAAUUCAUCAUCCUUCUCCUCUUGAAUAAUUAUGUGGUCCCGCUUUAAGGUAAGGAUCUCAUUCAUCCGUUCUUGAAUGAUAUUAGCCUUGAGAUUUUGGUUUUUAUACACUUGUUUUUCCCAAAUCCUUAGAGGUCGUUUGUUUGUAGAAUUUUUAAAAAUGAAGGAUUUGGGUAAAAUCCUAUAUUUUACGAUUGAAGUAUUACGUGGGAUUUUGUCAUAUUGGAUUUGUGUUGGAUUUUAAAAAGUGAUUGUUUGCUUGUUGGAUUUCAUAUUAGAUUUGUGGCCUUGAGAAUUAUUAGUUAAAGGUUGAAUUUACAAUUUUAUCCUUAAUUAUUUGUUUUGGCUUUUUAAGGGUAAUUUUUGAGUUGUAUUAAACGACCCCUCCUUCUCCCAUUGUACCAUCGUUUCGGCCCCCAUCUCGAAGAGAAGAACAUGGGCCCUUUAGCAUAUACAAAUGUAUAUCAACGUAAUGAACAUAAGGCAAAAGAAGUAACAUUAUAACAAAAACAUCUUAGCAGUAUUGCCCUCGUGGAGAAAUGAACAAUGAUACAUGCUAACCUGAAGACAAGCGGCUUAAUGUCGGAGAAGAAAGCGCAAUGAGCCAUGAUUUUUGGGGUUUUCUUAUACGAGCGAGGAUCAUGUAGCCGUAGUUAUUAAAGUAACGCAACUAAGAACAUGAAUAAAACGAUAGGGAUACGAUGGUAUUGAAGUGCAAUCUCAACACAAAUUGGGAGAAGGCUCAAUCAAUAUAAAAAGGUAGAAUUUCGACCACAAUCAAGGGGAAAACAUGAUUGAUAUAGAUAAAAGUUCAAGACCGAAGCUCAAAAUCAAGAUAAAAAUCAAUAUUCUACUAACAACUAAAUCUAAAACCCGAGUUUCAACCUUUAUAUAGGUCUGGGCAAUUAAAAGGAAUGAAAACAAUUUAAAAAUGACAAAAAUCCUGUCACCAUGUCCGAAACUCGGGCAAAAUACCCGGUCGGUUAUUUAGGGUCACUGACAGGGACCCCUCCUUCAUGCAUUCCCCGACAUUCCUUUCAUUUCCCCGAUCGGGGAACUUCCCUCUGCCAACCCCCAGUCGGUUGCCGUUGCUUUCCCCGCCAUUUGCUCUCCUCCUCCUCUGGGAUUUGUGCGCGGGUCCCAGGGCUCCUUGGGCUCACAUCAUUUUCUAUGCCUUAUAAAUAUGUAUUCAUUCU